AUGGAAAUCACUGAAACAAACACAAAGAGUUCUCUCCACACUCGAUGCAACAGCUUACGCUCCGUACCUCACCCUCUCAUAUCACAACAUGAGGAGCAUCUGCGAAGAUUGAAAGAACCUGAAGCCACUUCUUCAAUAUCAUCAUCUUCAUUAAGCAACAAACUCAAUGGUUUGUUGGACUUGCAAGACUGCACUGAUAAGUUGCUUCAAUUACCAAUCAAACAACAAGCCUUAGCAAGAGAGUGCAGUGACAAAUGUGUUGAUGAAAUUCUAGAGAGGUCUCUGAGUCUCUUAGAGAUCUGCAGUACAGCUAAAGAAUGCCUACUGAUAUCAAAGGAUAUCAUGCAUGAACUUCACUCGGUCAUCAGAAGAAGAAAAGGUAAUCAUGUUGGAAGAAGCCAUGUCAAAGAGAAGAAGCUGGAUUUAACUCCAAUGAAGCUAGCUGGCAUCUUCAGUAGACCCGCGCUGAGCCCAUAG